AUGACUCGAAUGAACUGUCCAACCCCGGUAGAAGUCACAUACAAGAACAUGAGAUUUCUUAUUACACACAAUCCAACCAAUGCGACCUUAAACAAAUUUAUAGAGGAACUUAAGAAGUAUGGAGUUACCACAAUAGUAAGAGUAUGUGAAGCAACUUAUGACACAACACUUGUGGAGAAAGAAGGCAUCCAUGUUCUCGAUUGGCCUUUUGAUGAUGGUGCACCACCAUCCAACCAGAUUGUUGAUGACUGGUUACAUCUUGUAAAAAUUAAGUUUCGUGAAGAACCUGGUUGUCGUAUUGCUGUUCAUUGUGUCACAGGCCUUGGGAGAGCUCCAGUGCUAGUUGCCCUAGCAUUAAUUGAAGGUGGAAUGAAAUAUGAAGAUGCAGUACAAUUCAUAAGACAAAAGCGACGUGGAGCUUUUAACAGCAAGCAACUUUUAUAUUUGGAGAAGUAUCGUCCUAAAAUGCGGCUGCGCUUCAAAGACUCCAAUGGUCAUAGAAACAACUGUUGCGUUCAAUAAAACUGCAGGGCUUGAUGCUAUUCCCUUGGAAGUGGAACUUGAGACAGGACCGGAUUUGUCAUACGUAUUAGCCAACGUGUUGGCUUGGUGAAAAAGUCUAAUGAAGCUUCCAUGGGAGUAUUGAAAAAGCAGUUUUACCAGGCUGCAAAGCUUGACAGAAUUACAACCUCUAUCUUAAGGUUAUAAUCAACCUAUUUGGACACUUAACAAAAGAUUCUUGCUGUUGAGCAUUUAAAAUGUGCUUAUUAUUUGUACCAAUUGACCUUUCCUGAAAUCAUGCGGUAUUGAGUUAUGUCUUUAAAUCUAUUCCCAUGCCAGAGUCUUAUCAAUAUAUAAGAAAUUUAGAAAGAUUAGGUGCCAAAAGACCCAGCACAAUACUUGUAUAUUUUUAGUAUCAUACAGAGCUAAAGUCCCAGGAACUACAAACACUUUAGACCUUGUAUGGCUUAUUCCUUUAGUCAUUUCAAACAUUUCGAGUAGGACCUGUGUGGUUAUUUGCCUGCUCUGUUUACAUCUCCCACAUUCAUACCAGUACACAUCAGGUUUGCUUUAACAAUUUCUUUUAGUUUUUACCAAGUGUUAUAGUGAUAAUUUUAUGUCUUUUUAAAUUUCAUUUUGUGCUGUUAUGAAAAACCUCCAUUUUGAAAAUCUACAUUGUAUAGAAGCACAUGUCUUUAAUGUCUCAGAC